AUGUCGCAAGAGUUGUCCUUCAAUCAAGAAGUUAAACUGCCUCCUAUUUCUGCUGAUAGAAAACGGACGCAGUCGGAGAUGGAUUUACCAUCGCCACCCGUCACUCCUUAUUCUGGCAACAAGAAGAGGAAGUCGAAUUCAUCAGAGCAGAUUGACAGAGACGUCGUUGUCGGUUCUUCGAGAGAUCCCGUGUUGUUUCCUCGCAACGACUCUGUUGCUGAUGUCGCCACCGAUGAACCGCUGUUCGGGCCUGAACUUGCUCCAGCAGCAGAGGCCUUGGUCAAUCAGCACAUCACUUCACACAUGGCCAGGUUUGAAAACAAGGUCAACAAACCGACUCGGGAUGAGUACCUCUUGGCUCUGUCCUGUGUCCCUAUUGUCUCGACCCAAUACAAUCGAAACCCUGCAGCCUGGGCCAGACAGGAGCGUGAGACACUGGAGCGUCAGUUGGCUAUGAUGAACCGAUAUCGCCCCGAAGAUACUCAAUCAAAGCUAAAGAAGAUCGCUCCUGCGCCUGCUAAGCGAACUGUUGCUACACAAGUUCGUGCGCCGAGGACUCCUCGUCCGAAACGGACUCCAAAGUCGACACCAAAUCACAAGGCCCUCGACUCCUUUGACACAGUACCGUCUUCUACAAACAAGCCUUCACGGGCUGCCGGCAGUAAUAGAGAUGACACUGAUUACAAUUCCAUCAAAGACUACUCGCCGCCAAUUGAAACCCUUGCAGGUAACACUAAAGCACUGAAGGCCGAUUGGAAGGGUCAGAUGCUCGAUCUCAGCAAUGAUCCCGACCGACAGCUUCUUGAUCCUGCCGAAGUGAACCUCGCCGCCACACUUCGUCUGUCGUGUGCUACCUAUCUAUGCAGCAAACGUCGUAUCUUUGAAGCACGUGUCAAGGCGUUGAAUAUUGGCAAGGAAUUUAGAAAAACGGACGCCCAGCAGGCCUGCAAAAUUGAUGUCAACAAAGCCAGCAAACUCUGGACUGCAUAUGAUCGCGUUGGUUGGUUCAAACCGGAACAUUUUGAGAAAUUUCUAAAGUGA